AUGGAUCAGGAGCAGAUUUGCGAGCCUCCCACCCUCCCAUCGCCCACCCUCACGUCUCCCACCCUCCCAUCUCCCACCCUCCCAUCGCCCACCAUCCCGUCUCCCACCCUCCCAUCUCCCACCCUCCCAUCGCCCACCCUCCCAUCGCCCAAGCUACUUGGGGUCGGUCUUGUGCUUCCUCUGCUUGCGCUUCCUCUGCUUGUGCUUCCUCUGCUUCUGCUUCCUCUGCUUGUGCUUCCUCUGCUUGCGCUUCCUCUGCUUGUGCUUCCUCUGCGUGCACUUCCUCCGCUUGUGCUUCCUCUGCUUACGCUUCCUCUGCUUGCGCUUCCUCUGCUUGUGCUUCCUCUGCUUGUGCUUCCUCUGCUUGUGCUUCCUGUGCUUGCGCUUCCUCUGCUUGUGCUUCCUCUGCUUGCGCUUCCCCUGCUUGUGCUUCCUCUGCUUGCGCUUCCUCUGCUUGUGCUUCCUCUGCUUGUGCUUCCUCUUCUUGUGCUUCCUCUGCUUGUGCUUCCUCUGCCUGUGCUUCCUCUGCUUGCGCUUCCUCUGCUUACGCUUCCUCUGCUUGCGCUCCUGUGCUUGCGCUUCCUCUGCUUACGCUUACUCUGCUUGCGCUUCCUCUACUUGCGCUUCCUCUGCUUACGCUUCCUCUACUUGCGCUCCUCUGCUUGCGCUUCCUAUGCUUACGCUUCCUCUGCUUGCGCUUCCUCUCCUUGCGCUUCUUUUGCUUGUGUUUCCUCUGCUUGUGCUUCCUCUGCUUGCGCUUCCUCUGCUUGUGCUCCCUCAGCUUGCGCUUCCUCUGCUUGUGCUUCCUCUGCUUGUGCUUCCUCUGCUUGUGCUUCCUCUUCUUGUGCUUCCUCUGCUUGUGCUUCCUCUGCUUGUGCUUCCUCUGCUUGUGCUUCCUCUGCUUGUGCUUCCUCUGCUUGUGCUUCCUCUACUUGUGCUUCCUCUGCUUGUGCUUCCUGUGCUUGCGCUUCCUCUGCUUGUGCUUCCUUAGCUUGUGAUUCCUCUGCUUGCGAUUCCUUUGCUUACACUUCCUUUGCUUGUGCUUCCUCUUCUUACGCUUUCUCUGCUUGCGCUUCCUCUGCUUGUGCUUCCUGUGCUUGCGCUUCCUCUGCUUGUGCUUGCUCUGCUUGCACUUCCUCUGCUUGCGCUUCCUCUGCUUGUGCUUUUGACGCUUGUGCUUCCUCUGCUCAUGCUUCCUCUGCAUGUGCUUCCUCUGCUCGCGCUUCCUCUGCUUGCGCUUCCUCUGCUUACGCUUCCUCUGUUUGCACUUCCUCUGCUUCUUCUUCCUGUGCUUGCGCUUCCUCUGCUUGCGCUUCCUCUGCUUGUGCUUCCUCUGCUUGUGCUUCCUCUGCUUGCGCUUCCUCUGCUUGUGCUUCCUCUUCUUGCGCUUCCUCUGCUUGUGCUUCCUCUUCUUGCGCUUCCUCUGCUUGUGCUUCCUCUGCUUGCGCUUCCUAUGCUUGUGCUUCCUCUGCUUGUGCUUCCUCUGCUUGUGCUUCCUUUGCUUACGCUUCCUUUUCUUGUGCUUCCUCUGCUUGCGCUUCCUCUGCUUGCGCUUCCUCUGCUUGUUCUUCCUCUGCUUGCGCUUCCUCUGCUUGCGCUUCCUCUGCUUGCGCUUCCUCUCCUUGUGCUUCCUCUGCUUGCGCUUCCUCUGCUUGCGCUUCCUCUGCUUGUGCUUCCUCUGCUUGCGCUACCUCGGCUUGUGAUUCCUCUUCUUGCGCAUCCUCUGCUUGUGCUUCCUCUGCUUGUGCUUCCUCUGCUUGUACUUCCUCUUCUUGUGCUUCCUCUGCUUGUGCUUCUUCUACUUGUGCAUCCUCUGCUUGUGCUUCCUCUGCUUGUGCUUCCUCUGCUUGUACUUCCUCUACUUGCGCUUCCUCUGCUUACGCUUCCUCUGCUUGCGCUCCUCUGCUUGCGCUUCCUCUGCUUACGCUUCCUCUAGUUGCGCUUCCUCUACUUGCGCUUCCUCUGCUUACGCUUCCUCCACUUGCGCUCCUCUGCUUGCGCAUCCUCUGCUUAUGCUUCCUCUGCUUGCGCCUCCUCUGCUUGCGCUUCAUCUGCUUGUGCUUCCUCUGCUUGUGCUUCCUCUGCUUGCGCUUCCACUGCUUGCGCUUCUUCUGCUUCUUCCUCUGCUUGCGCCUCCUCUGCUUGUGCUUCCUCUGCUUGCGCUUCCUCUGCUUGCGCUUCCUCUGCUUGCGCUUUCUCUGCUUGUGCUUCAUCUGCUUAUGCUUCCUCUGCUUGUGCUUCCUCUGCUUGCGCUUCCUCUGCUUGUGCUUCCUCUACUUGCGCUUCCUCUUCUUGAGCUUCCUCUGUUUGCGCUUCCUCUACUUGCGCUUCCUCUGCUUGCGCUUCCUCUGCUUGCGCUUCCUCUGCUUGGGCUCCUCUGCUUGUGCUUCCUCUGCUUAUGCUUCCUCUGCUUGCGCUUCCUCUGCUUGUGCUUCCUCUGCUUGUGCUUCCUCUACUUGCGCAUCCUCUGCUUCUGCUUCCUCUACUUGCACUUCCUUUGCUUGUGCUUCCUCUUCUUGUGCUUCCUCUGCUUGCGCUUCCUCUGCUUGUGCUUCCUCUGCUUGUGCUUCCUCUGCUUGCGCUUCCUCUGCUUGUGCUUCCUCUGCUUGUGCUUCCUCUACUUGCGCAUCCUCUGCUUCUGCUUCCUCUACUUGCGCUUCCUCUGCUUGUGCUUCCUCUUCUUGUGCUUCCUCUGCUUGCGCUUCCUCUGCUUGUGCUUCCUCUGCUUGUGCUUCCUCUUCUUGCGCUUCCUCUGCUUGUGCUUCCUCUGCUUGCGCUUCCUAUGCUUGUGCUUCCUCUGCUUGCGCUUCCUCUGCUUGCGCUAUCUCUGCUUGUUCUUCCUCUGCUUGCGCUUCCUCUGCUUGCGCUUCCUCUGCUUGCGCUUCCUCUCCUUGUGCUUCCUCUGCUUGCGCUUCCUCUGCUUGCGCUUCCUCUGCUUGUGCUUCCUCUGCUUGCGCUACCUCGGCUUGUGAUUCCUCUGCUUGCGCAUCCUCUGCUUGUGCUUCCUCUGCUUGUGCUUCCUCUGCUUGA